GUGUUCCGCUCGCUUGCUUCUUGUCCUGCCAGCAUCGAAGCCUGUGCUUCUUAUUCCUCCACUAUUUCACGUGGGCCCUCGCCCUUCUUCUUAUACUUGGAAAUUUUUUAAUCAUUGUCUGGCCCUUCUCGCCCUUCACAGGACGCGGGAGAGACAAUCAAGGCGCGGCGAGGUUGACGUCUGUCUUUAUUAUACCUUGGAAAGCUGCAGCGCAUCCUACGCGCCAGCCAACAAUAGAUAGCCGCAAUGGGUGCCAUAGACGAGAAGCACAGCGGCUCGGAUCGCAACUCGGUCGAGUUUCGCGAUGCAGAGAUUCAAUAUGCGGCUGAAGAGGUUCAAUGCCCGUCGCACACGACUGAGCGCAAAUUGAUGGCAAAAAUCGACAUGCGAGUCGUUCCGUUUCUCUGUAUCAUGUAUUUGCUUGCAUUUUUGGAUCGUGUUAACAUCGCAAACGCAAAAUUAUUUGGUCUGGCUAAAGAUCUGGAUCUCGGCACUGGAGACAAGUACAAUACCGCUCUUGUUAUCUUCUUCGUCCCCUAUUGUAUCUUCGAAGUCCCGUCCAAUAUCCUCCUCAAGAAGUUUAAACCCCAUGUCUGGCUUUCGCUCAACAUGUUCCUCUUCGGCUUUACCACCAUGAUGCAAGGUCUGGUCAAGAAUUACAGUGGCUUACUAGCCACUCGCUUCUUCCUCGGCCUAUUUGAGACUGGCAUGUUCCCAGGAGCAUUCUAUCUCAUUGGCAUGUGGUAUAAGCGAUCUGAAGCCCAGCGACGAUACUCAUUCUUCUUCAACAGCACGACUCUCGCCGGUGCCUUUGGCGGUCUUCUCGCUGCCGCCAUUGGCAAGAUGAACGGAAUGAGAGGCUACAGCGGCUGGCGCUGGAUCUUCCUUAUUGAGGGUGGUCUAACAGUCUUUGUCAGCUUCUUCUUCUAUUUCCUGCUCCCCGAUUUCCCGGAAGAGGCAAAGUGGCUGAAGGAAGACGAGCGCCAGUACGUCGCAGCCCGCCUCCGCGUUGACCAAGGCGCCGGCUCUGGUCUUGGGCGAUCAAUGACAAUCAAGGACAUCUUGAAUGUCUUCAAGGACUGGAAGGUCAUUGCCGGCGGUUUCAUGUACUUUGGCCUUAUCGUCCCCGCCUACGGCUAUGCCUACUUCGCUCCUACAAUUAUCUCGACAUUUCAAUAUGGUCCCAUUGAGACUCAGCUGCGCAGUGUUCCGCCGUGGGCUGCUGCCUUUGGCUUUUCUCUGCUCCUUGCUACCUUGUCUGAUAGAUUACGACAUCGAUUCGCAUUUGCUAUUUUCGCCAUGUUUGUUGCUAUUGCUGGCUUUGCUAUUCUUCUCGCUGAGCACAGUAACCACAAUGUUCAGUACGGUGCACUAUUUCUCAUCACGUCUGGCGCGUAUACGGCUAUGCCCAUCAUUGUCUGCUGGUUCAACAUGAAUCUGGGUAACCAUACGCGCCGUGCCGUCGGUAGCGCAUGGCAAGUUGGCUACGGAAACCUUGGUGGCAUUAUUGCUGUUUUCAUCUUCUUGACCAAAGACGCCCCCAAGUUCACUACCGGCUACAGCGUGUGCCUUGCCUUUACCAUCCUUUCCAUGAUUGCAUCAGUACUCUAUGGAUUGGGAUGCUGGGCGGCGAAUAAGAAGAGAGAUAGCAUGACGGAUGUUCCUAACCUAACAGAAGAGGAAAAGACGGAGUUGGGCGACUUGUCCCCAGACUAUCGAUACCUCCUAUAACCUGGGUUAUGAGUCAUGAUGGAAUGCAGUAGUAUUAUGAAGUAUAUAAGUACAGUAUAAUAAUGAUUGGUCGGAGUUAUCUUUUGGGUAAAAACUGAACGGGGCACUUGACUAUUACCAGUAGUAUCAAUUCAACCUUUGCUGCCUACUUUACAAUGUCUGAAUAGCUAGUCUCUUGUGACCUCGCUUCAGCGAGUUCUGGCGCUUAAACCCAAGCUAGGCUGCCGAGCUGUACAGGCACCCCAUAUCAACGACUUAGCUCCAAACCAUUGCUCUAUUGCUACGAGUACUGAUUCGAGAUAAAUAGGCUAACCGAGUCAAAUGGACACGCGGAAUACAUGUGAAAUAUGCGAUGUUGACCUCUCGCCGCAAGACGCCGCCACCAAGCCACCUCAAUGCCACCGUAGCUUAUCUAGCACUUGCUUCCAAACGAGAUUGACGAGAUACAAGCCAAGAUCUUCUCCCGC